GUGACCAGCAAUGGCAGCAUUGGGAGGGACCCGCCGGCGGAGACCCAGCCCCAGAACCCACCACCCCAGCCAGCACCCAACGCCUGGCAGGUCAUCAAGGGCGUGCUGUUCAGGAUCCUCAUCAUCUGGGCCAUCAGCAGCUGGUUCCGCCGAGGGCCGGCCCCUCAGGACCAGACAGGCCCCGGAGGAGCCCCACGCGUCGCCAGCCGCAACCUGUUCCCCAAAGACACUUUAAUGAACCUGCACGUGUACAUCUCAGAGCACGAGCACUUUACAGACUUCAACGCCACGUCCGCACUCUUCUGGGAGCAGCACGACCUCGUGUACGGUGAUUGGACAAGCGGCGAGAACUCAGAUGGCUGCUACGAGCACUUCGCUGAGCUCGACAUCCCGCAGAGCGUGCAGCAGAACGGCUCCAUCUACAUCCACGUCUACUUCACCAAGAGUGGCUUCCACCCAGACCCCCGGCAGAAGGCCCUGUACCGCCGGCUUGCCACGGUCCACAUGUCCCGGAUGAUCAACAAAUACAAACGCAGGCGGUUUCAGAAAACUAAGAACCUGCUGACGGGAGAGACAGAAGCGGAUCCGGAAAUGAUCAAGAGGGCCGAGGACUACGGACCUGUGGAGGUGAUCUCUCACUGGCAUCCCAACAUCACCAUCAACAUCGUGGACGACCACACGCCCUGGGUGAAGGGCAGCGUGCCCCCGCCCCUGGACCAGUAUGUGAAGUUCGAUGCCGUGAGUGGCGACUACUACCCCAUCAUCUACUUCAACGACUACUGGAACCUGCAGAAGGACUACUACCCCAUCAACGAGAGCCUGGCCAGCCUGCCUCUCCGCGUCUCCUUCUGCCCACUCUCGCUCUGGCGCUGGCAGCUCUACGCCGCCCAGAGCACCAAGUCGCCCUGGAACUUCCUGGGCGACGAGCUGUACGAGCAGUCAGACGAGGAGCAGGACUCCGUGAAGGUCGCCCUGCUGGAGACCAACCCCUACCUGCUGGCACUCACCAUCGUCGUGUCCAUCGUCCACAGCGUCUUUGAGUUCCUGGCCUUCAAAAACGACAUCCAGUUCUGGAACAGCCGGCAGUCCCUGGAGGGCCUGUCGGUGCGCUCGGUCUUCUUUGGCGUGUUCCAGUCAUUCGUGGUCCUCCUCUACAUCCUGGACAACGAGACCAACUUCGUGGUCCAGGUCAGCGUGUUCAUCGGGGUCCUCAUCGACCUCUGGAAGAUCACCAAGGUCAUGGAUGUCCGGCUGGACCGGGAGCGCAAGGUGGCGGGAAUCUUCCCCCGCCCAACCUUCAAAGACAAGUCCACGUAUGUCGAGUCCUCGACCAAAGUUUAUGAUGACAUGGCGUUCCGGUACCUGUCCUGGAUCCUCUUCCCCCUGCUGGGCUGCUACGCCGUCUACAGCCUUCUAUACCUGGAGCACAAGGGCUGGUACUCCUGGGUGCUCAGCAUGCUCUACGGCUACCUGCUGACCUUCGGCUUCAUCACCAUGACGCCCCAGCUCUUCAUCAACUACAAGCUCAAGUCCGUGGCCCACCUGCCCUGGCGCAUGCUCACCUACAAGGCCCUCAACACCUUCAUCGACGACCUGUUCGCCUUCGUCAUCAAGAUGCCCGUCAUGUACCGGAUCGGCUGCCUGCGGGACGAUGUGGUCUUCUUCAUCUACCUCUACCAACGGUGGAUCUACCGCGUCGACCCCACCCGGGUGAACGAGUUCGGCAUGAGUGGAGAGGCACCCACCCCCACGACCGCCUCAACAGCUGCCACCAGGGAGGAGUCCGCCACGCCCGCCCAGGGGGCCAGCCCCAACAGCGAGCCCCAGGAAACCCCUCCAAAGCCAGCAGAGGACAAGAAAAAGGAUUAGCCGUUCAUGGGCCUCCUCGUCUGCGCCGGCUCCUGGUGACCACCACCCCGCCUCCCUGGCCCCCUCGCCCCCCUUCUCUGUCGCCCCUUCCCUGGACAGAUCGGGCCCGGGCGGCGGGAAGCCCCCCUUGGGCCAGAGCCCAGCGUGUCAUAGGGGUGCUGGGGCAGGCCAGGGCUCGUUGUUUGUGGAGGCGCCGUCUGUCCGUCUGUUCCUGUGUCUUCAGCCACCUUGCCCUCCCCG